AUGGGCAAAGGUCUGUUCGCCGUGAGAGACAUACCUCGUGGAACCAGGAUUGUAGAAGAGAUGCCCAUCAUUAGCUUGCCCAGGCCUACCAGUCCCUACGGCUCGUACAACGACACCAUCAGGCGGUUCACGGGGCACGCGAUCCAUGACACCCCUGCCGGAGAGCAAAUAACCACCUGCUACCUCAAAAGCGGGAACCUCACCACGAACCAGCGCGCUGCGUUGCUACAGGCGUACGGGUUUUCGUGCGGAUGCCUUGCCUGCACACUUCCCGCGCUCGAGGUGCUCCGGGAGCGGGCCUUGAUGGUGCGCAAGCGGGUGGCGGCAUACCUCUCGCAUUCAGGUGUCGCGCGGACUCUCGGCAUCGAUGCCGCGGAAGCUUUAGGAUAUGCCCGGGAGCACGUCAUGCUCUUGCAGCAGCAGCCGAAGGCGCGAUACCGCGCUCGCGCAGCCCUUGCCUUGAAAACGGGCGACCUCGAGGCGGCCAGGGACUAUGCGGUGCGCGAGCUGGAGGUUCAGCGCCACCUCAUCGGGACGCCGGCGGAACAUCUACGACCUGACAGGAGCGGUGCUGAGUUUUGGUUGGCAUUCCUGGAGGAGAAGCUGCGUGUCGCAGGGCUCGGCUCUUAG